GAGCCGCAGUUUUUAGUGCUAUUUAAAUACAGGAUCGCCUAAUUGAGUUGGAUUUUACCGUAACAGGAGCAGUGACAAGAGUGUUAAUGUAUACAGCAGAAUUUUAACUUUUCGUAAUUAGCCUUGGUGACUAAUGCAAUAAUACAUAACCGGCGUAUCUGAUAUUUUUCGAAAGAGCACAUGGUUCUGGAAUUUGGUGUUAUUUAGUUCUAAUUUAUCUAAUACGCAGAGCCGCUUGUGUUUACCAAAACCGUAUACAGUGCCAUGAAACAUUAUCAAAGACGUUUAUUCAGGAUGGGACCAAGCUUUCUUCUCAAAACCUGAUUAUAAUCUGUUUCGAUAUGCUUCCUGAGGUAGAGCAAAUCCGACGGUAUCGACGGGAGGGGCUUUGGAGCUGUGUUCAGCUUUAAAACGAACUCAAUUACUGAAAGACCUGUUGUAUUAGACGUCCCUCAUACUGUAAAGACUGCCAGGCCUGUCCAAUAUGGGGAAGGAAGAGUGCAGAGCGCUCCUGGAGGCAUUAAACAAAGUGGCUGCCUGUUACAGGCAUUUGGUUGUAACCAUCGGAGGAACGUCUGAUUCGCAGAACUUGAGAGAAGAGCUAAAGAAAACUAGGAAAAAGGCACAGGACUUGGCAGUAGCAAACCGGAAUAAACUCACUAUGUUCCUGAAAGAUAAAACCAUUAGCAAGGACGAUCGGGUAGAAUAUGAGAGGCUAUGGGUUAUUUUUACGACGUGCAUGGAAAUCCUGGAGGUAGACAUGAGAAAGGCAUUGGAGAUGGGACAGGAGUUCCAGCUGAAUGCACCCAAAAGGAAUCUCAUUCAGACAGGUAUGAGUGGCGGGACAACUGGCGUGGCUGCCAGGGCUAUGAGCGCUCAGAACAUGAAAUACGAGGCAGACAACAACAUCGACGUUGUUGAUUUGAAAGACUUAGAGAAUGAGAUAAACCAGGUGGGCGAAAUGAUGAUGGAGAUGGAGAUGAAGGUGAACGUUCCUAACUGGACAGUGGAAGCAAAGCAGGACCCCGGUGCUGAGCUGCAGUCCAUUAUUAGUGUCGGCGCUUCCUCUGUCGGCAUGAUCUCUUUAAACGAGCAAAAUAAGUCCGUCUGCGAUAUAACUCGCCUUCUGGCUGGAAUCAUAUUCACUGCCGUCCUGAUCAUCGCUGUAGUUUUAGCAGUUCUAGUUAUACAGCUAUCCUGAACUCCUAAAUAUAUUUUAACUCCCUCAGUGUUUACAGUGUCACGGAUUAUAAAAUGUUGUUGUCCUUUGACCUUUCAGGGGCUAGCUUCUUUUGCCCAUUUUUACAUUUAUAACACAAAGAUCAUAUUUGAUUGGUGUACACGACAGAAGUUUUUAUCUGGUGAAUAAGCUUGCAGCAAGACAGUCUAUUUUUUCUUCAGAAUAAGAAUGAAAUAUACAAGGAAAGAGAAAGCGAAUGAAGCAUGCCUUUUACAAAUACUGUACAUUAAACUAGUGUAAAGGAUUGAUGCUUUUUAAACACGACAGCGAUACGAUAGGGGAGUGACUUUUAACAAUCAUAAGACUAGAAUGGUCUUUCCGAUCACUGCUGGUUAUAUAUCUUCGCCAAUUACGGAAGACAACCGUAGAAAAUGGCUGUCAGGCGCUGAAAUGUUUGUCUUGUUUGUGAUUUACCCCCGCCUUUUUAAAAAUCCUUUACGAUCCAUUAUAAACAACGGGCAGAUGUGUCGGGAUUUACGUCGGGAUAAAGACGAAGAACACUUAUCCCUGGAGAUUAAGGAAGGUUUAUUGCUAAAAAUAGACAAUUUCUGAUUUGAGUUUUUUUUUUCUUUCAUUUCUGACGUUCAAAUAUGUUACGUAAACGAUAGGUUCAGAUACCUGUUAACUCAGCUGCCAUAAGGUCUUAUUUUACUUCUUUAAAGGGUUUCGCGUGGUUACAGCAUAUCCGUAAAUAUCAUCCCCCCAUCUUUCCUUUUUAACGCAUUUGUUUGGUUUCUCUUUUGUGUAUUUGUCCAGUUGAUGCUAAUGUAAAUUAUCUGAAAUGUAGUGUGAAAAACACCUUAGUACUUCUGUCCUUUGCACCACCGGUACCUUUAUAAAGCUUGGAUAUGUUUGCAGUGAUGUGCUCAAGUCGUACUAGGGGCAUCCUAAUUUUUUCAGUCAGGGGAAUGUGGAAAGGUGGAAAAACUUGUAAUUUUUUUUAUUCUCUUUCGAAAUGUUUGCAGUAUGCAGUCAUGCCUGGUUAAUGUAAACAUUUGGGUCAUUUAUGAAAAUAAACAAAUGGUAAUUGACAUGCCUGUCCAGCUUACUUUAUUUCUAGAGCAUACAACUUGUGAAAUUUGCUGUUCUGUUUGUUGUAAAGAAGUCUACCCAUUUCCAGUUAUGUAAAUAGCUGAUGGCACAUUGCUUUUCACAGUUCAUCUGGCAACAGCAGCAUGACUUGGGUGAGUUUAGUAAAGCCAGUUUUAGGCUAACAUGCCUGUAUUCCGUUUCAAAGUUCAAUGGUAUGCUUUAACUCUCUGAAAAGAAACAUUAAAUGCUGCUUAUAAAUCAUGAAUGUUAAAUUUCAUUUUUAUAUACUUGGAGUAGGUAGGAAUCAAUUAUAUGAGUUUCAGAUAUGUUUCUGAUUACUUGACUAGAAGAAAAAAAUAUGAUUUGUACUCAAAUGUUUUAACUUCAUAUUCUUCACAAACAAGCCAUUGUCUCUGGAGCAUUGAAGUAGCAGUGCUGACCAGUGACCACUUUUGCUACUCCUUGCUUAUAAAACUUUACUUCCUAAAUAUAUUUCUAAAUAUAUAAAUGGUAGAAAACCAGUCUUCAUGCAAAAAGGAUGUGAUGUUCAAUUCAAAUUAAGCAAUGUGUUAUGUGAAAGUUGAAUCUUGAGAUUUCUUUAGGUUCUUACUUAACGUUUGUUAAUAUGUUAGUUGAAUGAAAGUAAACUGUUUUGGGCUUAAUGAAGUGUUCUUGUUAAAACAUUUCUCAUAUUUAUGUAUCACAAUCUUUAUAUACAUUCUGUGUUGCCACAAUUUGUGAAUGAUCCACAGCACAAACUGUAUUUCAUUAUCUGUAUGUUUGUAUUUAAACAUUCUGAAUAUAGUGCUUUUUAUGAAUAUGAUGUUUGUAGACCUAUAAACAUGAAGCUAUUAAAUGUAUAAAUAAUC